AUGGGCCGCUGGGCCCGUUUCACCCAGUCUUUCCAGAGGGCUGAUCUCGAUACCCUGCAGCCAUCUUCCACCACCAAAGACGGUUCUGCCAGCAUGAACGACAUCGAAAAGGCAGUUGCUGCCACCUCCAAGGGAGAGUUGCACCGUAAGUUGAAGAACAAACACGUCCAGAUGAUUGCCCUUGGGGGCAGUGUGGGGACCGGUCUCUUGAUCGGGUCUGGUGGUGCCUUGCAUACCGGAGGCCCUGCCGCGUUGUUGAUCGCCUGGGGAUUGGUAGGAACCAUGGUGUUCUGUACCAUCCACUCGCUCGGUGAACUCUGUGUGGCCUACCCUGUGAACGGUGCGUUUUCCACCUACGCUACCCGGUUCGUGGACUCGUCGUGGGGCUUUGCCGUGGGCUGGAACUACGCCCUCAUGUGGUUGAUUGUGCUUCCGUUAGAGUUGGUGGCUGCUGCCAUGUGCAUUACUUACUGGAAUUCUGGCAUCAACCCCGUCGCAUGGGUGGCAAUUUUCUACCUCCUCAUUGUGGUGAUCAACUUGUUGGACGUCAAGGGCUACGGUGAGGCCGAGUUCUACCUCACAAUCUUCAAGGUUGUGGCCAUAGUGGGGUUCAUCAUCCUCGGGGUGGUACUUGUGUGUGGCGGUGGCCCCAACCAUACUUUUGUGGGUGCAAAAUACUGGAAGAAUCCCGGUGCCUUUGCCAACGGCUUCAAGGGAGUUGCAACCACCUUCGUUACCGCCUCCUACUCGCUUGCGGGAAGUGAAAUGGUGGGUUUGGCCUCAGCUGAGGUCGCCAACCCAAGAAGCGUGUUGCCCAAGGCCGUCAGACAGGUGUUCUGGAGAAUCUUCUUGUUCUACUUCUUGUCGCUCACUUUCAUCGGCUUGCUUGUUCCUUCCAACUCCGACCAGUUGUUGGGCUCAUCCACGGCCUCUGCAUCGCCAUUUGUCAUUGCCAUCAAAAAUGGAGGCAUCAAGGUGCUUCCUUCCAUCUUCAAUGCCGUGAUCUUGAUUUCUGUCAUCUCGGUGGGUAACUCUGCCGUCUACGGGUGCUCCCGUACCAUCCAAAGCUUGGGGGCCCAGGGUUUGGGCCCCAGCUACUUAGCUUAUGUUGAUCGUAAGGGUAGACCAUUGGCUGGAUUGAUGAUGUCUGCCGUGUUUGGCCUUUUGUGCUUCCUUUCUGCGUACAAGGACCAGGGACAGGUGUUUGGCUGGUUACUCUCAGUAUCGGGUUUAGCCACCAUUUUCCUGUGGUUCAACAUCGGCUUGUGCCACGUCAGAUUCAGAAUGGCCAUGCGGUUGCAGGGCAGAUCCACCGACGAGUUGGUGUUUACUGCGGUCACAGGAGUUGCUGGUUCCAUUUACUCGAUGGUGCUCUUGGUGUUGGUGUUGGGAGUCCAAUUCUGGGUCGCUUUGUUCCCCAUUGGAAGCAGCAAGCCCAGUGCUAAGAACUUUUUCCAGAACUACUUGGGGUCGGUAGUUAUUUUGGUGUUCUACCUCGGACACAAAAUAUGGACCAGAAACUGGAGAAUCUACGUUCCUUUGAAAGACAUCGAUUUAGAUUCAGGUAGAAGAGACACGGAUAUGAAGUUGAUAAGACAGGAAAUGGAGGAGGAAAGGGAGAGAAACAGAGCCAUGCCUGUCCAUAAAAGAUUAUGGAACUACUGGUGCUAA